AUGCUGGGGAACAAGGUCGUGAAGAGGAGGACUUGGUGUGCUGCUGCCACUUCUAACAUCUUGGGUCCCUGCGCCUUUUGCAGAACUUCCAACAGCGCUACGUUGGGACAGAGCAUCCAGAGGUUCACAACCUAUGUGGUCCGUAGGAGCCACUGGGAGGAGGGCCUAGGGAAGAAUUUGUCAUUUUCAGCGGAAAACAAGUGCCAGUUAUUAAUUAUGACAACUGUGUACUUUGGAUCUGGAUUUGCUGCACAUUUUUUUUUUAUAGUAAGACACCAGCUGCUUAAGAAAUAA